AUGGCCGCUUGCGUGUCCCGGGUGGAGCUGUCCGUGUCCUGCCGGAGCCUCCUCGACAGGGACCUGAGCUCCAGGUCGAACCCCCUCUGCGUCCUGCUGCAGGACGCGGGCGGUGGCCGGUUUUCCUUACAGGUUACAUGGAAAAGAUCAAGAACUGCCAAGACCUUGAAAUCUGCAAAGAAACUGUUUGUGGACUACUGCUUUGAGAAAGUGCAGAAGCUGAAAUUCAGCAUGUAUGAUAUUGAUAACAAGUCCUUUGAUUUAAAAGAUGAUGACUACCUGGGAGGGAUUGGGUGCAUGCUAGGACAGGUUGUCUCCAGCUCAGUCUUCACCUGACCACUGGAAAUGAAGCAUGGAAAGCCAUCAGGAGAGGGCACUAUUACGGUUUCAGCAGAGGAGAUUAAGGAUACCAGGGUUGUGAAUUUAAAAAUGGAAGCCCAAAACUUGGACAAAAAGCUGGACUGUUUUUUUUUUCCUUUUUCUUGGAACUGUUUAAACCUGCUCUGGACUGAAAACCCAGGGGAGCACUGGGGGCUGCACCUGCGGCCCACCGGGGCCUGGCUCUCGGCAUUUUCCAGCAGCGCCGGAGGGACUGGGACUGAUGAGAGACUGAGAGAGAGAGCCGAGCUACACCCACGGCAAGGACUUUCUCAAUUUGCCAUCUCACUUCAGGAGAGAUGGCAGUGGAUUCAGCUCAGCCCUGUGCCUGUGCUUGUUAAGAUUUCAGAGCCACCAUCUGCUGAAGCUGUUAGAAACCAAGGUUUACUUCACAAGCAACAUGGAUGGACCCAAGGAAUAGUGGAUGCCUGCCACCAGAUUCUGCCUCAGAUCCGACUCUACAGGCCUACCAACUUCUCUCCUAUUAUAAACCAUGUGGAAAGGUUUGCAGCACACUCACUGCAACAGGGAACUGCUGCACAAUACUUCAUCUUGCUGAUCAUCACAGUUGGAGAGAUCACUGAUCUAGACCAAACUAGGCAAGCGAUUGUUAAUACCUCUAAGCUGUUCAUGUCUGUAAUCAUUGUUGGUGUUAGUGAAGCCAAUUAAAGCAAUGGAGUUCUGAAAUCUGUGACAGGAGAGCCAGCUGCACAAGACAUCAUCCAGUUUGUGCCUUUCUGGCAGUUCAAAAAUGCUCCCCAGGAAGCACUUUCCCAGAUGGUUCAGCUGAAGUGCCCAAAUAGCUAGUGUCAUAUUAUACAUGGCAGGGGUGGCCUUCCCAAAACUGACAGAAAUUAAGGCGAUGUAGAUUCCAGGCUAGCCCUGGCUACCUGUAGCACAGGGGUGAAGAAGUGCUGCCUGCCAGCCACACUCUCCCUUGCACACUGUGGGUGCUCAGUGCCUUGAAAUUGCACCAGUCACACCACUUCUUUCACCUCCUUGUGCUGAGUCUUUGAUCUUCUCUAUUUCUAUUGGAAGAAAUGUAAAUACAGAAAAACCUCCAAGUGCUGGAAGUUUUUGUCACAGAAAGAUCGAUCUUGUUGGCUUUCUACCUUGCAACAGCAACACAUUGUGACACGUCGUACCACACAUAGUUGCUGGACCCAGCCCGUCUUGCUCCUCGCUAUCAGGGUGGUCCUCUGAACUGAGCUGCUCUAGUGCUGAGACUGGUGAGAGAAGUAUUGCACCCAUGUUUGCUGUAAUGAGACUUACCAUGUGCUCCUUGAUAGGUGUCUUCUAUCAAGCUGCCUUUGAAAUGAAAACCCUUCUUUUCUGGAUGUGACCAAAGACUGUUUGUUGGAUGCCUGAGGUAAUUCCUGUUGUGCCUUCAGAAAGUGCUAGUAUUUUUUUUUUUUUUUUAUGUUUCAGUGACCAUACUUUUCUGUGUUCUUUUAAAUCACAUUUUUCUAUUAGCAAAAUUCCUUUCUGAGAUGAACUGCUGCUUGAAGCCAUUGUUAUAGUUCAAGAACAUUACACUUUGCUUAUUUAUGGGGGUUAAAUGAGGAUUAAUCAUUAACUAAUGGGAUUGGGAUGAGAUUAAUGAGUUACAUUAAUGUGACUUUAAAAAUCCAGCAGUUGGAAACACUGAAAUGAAGAUGCUUUGAGUGAAUUCUUUAUAUCACACAAGUUACAAAAUGAAGAAGUAACUUAUCUGUGGAACUCCAAGGAGGUGCUUCCUUAUCGUCAGUAGUGUGAAGUGUGCAUUACAUGAUCUUGGGACUGUAGAACAGGCACAUGAUAGCAAAGCACAAAUAUUUUGAGGAAGGUGGUUCAUUUCCAAGUAGUGAUAAAGAAACUUGAGCUUGUUAUUGCACUGCAGGUGUCAAUACUUCCAGUUAUAUAAAUAAAUAUUCUACUUUGACUUAGAUAACAUGUCUGAACUCUUAUUUCCUUCCUGGACUUUUCCUUUUGUUUUCCAGCAAUGUGGAUGGUGGUGUUUCAGUAUCUGAGUGAGCCUAGGUUCAGUGAGAUUAAAAAAAAACAAAACAAAAAACAGAGCCAGUUGUCCAUCAUUGUUAAUUUUAUUCCCCUUUAAUCACUAGGACUGCUGAACCCACACCCCUUUCCUGCAGCAAGAUGUGAUGUUCCUUUACUGUGAAGUUACAAAAGAAUUUGUGUGUUCUACCCAAUAAACCAGAAAAUGGUGAGAAUACAUUGGGAGACUGCAUCUGUGAUCCAGGCCGUGAAACUGGUUAAGUUACAAGCUUGAAUGAAGGCAAAACUUUGGGUUGAAUUCACAUGCUCAACUAGACUAAUUGUUCUGGGUGGACUCUGCCACCAAACUACCAUUACAUAGCUUGUGCUUGAAGAGCUAGGUCGGGACCACUGCUGAGCCAAGAUGAAUCUAUUCUAGUUUUUUAUUCAAACCUAUAUUGACCAUGAUAUAUUCUCUCAGGUUACAUAAACAGCAGCCAGCUUCCUCUAGAGAAAGCUGGACUGUCUUUCUUGACACCUAGCCUGCAGCACCCCAUUUUCUUGCACUUCUUGCACUGAGUCUUGCACAUCGAGACUUAGUCUCAAAGGAAACCAAGCAGCCUCUCUUCUUGAGUGGCUUUCUAAACUGAAAUGUGUUACAGGUGUGGAAGAGAGGGAGAAGAACUGACAAGUCAUCUCUGAGAAACCGUUCUUGUGGUUGAGAAUGUCCUUCACUUGUGUUUUCAGCUGCUUACAGCUUGUAGACAGCUCUUCUCUGUUAUGCAUACAAGAAACCUAAGGCUGUUUUUUUUGCAUGUGAGUGUUUUGAAGCCCAUUUUGCCUAUCCUUUUUAAACCUCUGCCAGUUCCCACGCAAAAGGGAAUGAGUCCUCCGUGUCUGCCCUGUAAGGAGUGGAGUCACUGUUCUGCAACGAGCUGAGGUAUAGAACUCAUUUAUGGUGGAAGAGACCUUUCCUGUUUUGGUGAGGAAAAGGCCAAGAAGUUGUAGAGGAGGUCUGAGGAAGUUCUUCCCCUUGUGGCAGCAGACCAGAAUUUGAAGGAGAUGCUCUUUACCCACAGGUAAAUGGCUGAAACAUGAGCAAGAAAAGGGGCACAAGUCCUGUAGUUGUUAGGAACAAGAGCUGCAUGGGUAUGGGCCCGUAUGAAAAGCCAUGGGUAGCUAAAUUUGGAAGCUACUGACCUGGGAUGGCCCGAUUUUGCCUGUUCCCUUUUACUUUCCUCAGGGCUCCAGGUUUUAGAGGAAGUGCAGACAGCAGCUGGACACUUUGGUGGAAGGGUGACAAGUCUGUUUCCUGCCACAUGCUGCCCUGGGUGUAGAUGGAAUGUAGAUUGAUGGCAUGGCUGUUGAGGUAGAGGAGUGGUCAGGUUAUUUUCCUCAGGACAAUGUGUUUUGCACGCUCUCUUUGUCUCCCAAUCACUGGCUUGAUUUAUCUUCCUGGUGAGCACAGGGAACACCCCAGAAGUCUUUUUAGCCUUGCCAAGACUAAACAAUCACCUUUAUACUUGUGAUCCCCAAAGGUAUUUCAGCCUCAGGGCUUUGAAAAAAUCAAAGCAGUUGCAAAAGCAAAAGGUUGCAUGUGAGAGCUCAGUGGGGAGGGUUCCUUUUGCUUCCUGGACAUGUGGCAAUAAAUAUUGGUGACAUUUAAUGCCAGGCUAUGCCAUACUACGCAGCAGGUAGUGGGAGAUAAUGCCUUUUUUGCCUGGAUAACUGGUUAGGUUUAUGUCCCUCCUUGAGGUCUAAAAUAUACAGGAGACUGUUUUGCUAAAAAUGAGGCAUUGUCUUCAGGUGGGUGCCGUGAUGAGACUGCUCCAGGUGUUUGAGGAAGCCACAGAAACUCCAUAGGGAGGUUCUGUCUUCUGACCAGCUUUGAGCAAGAACUGGAUUCACUAAGCAGCAGCAUACUUUGAUGGUCUGGAUGUCUCAUUAAACUGCCUAAGCUGCACUCCUCACUCCACUCUACCCAUGACUGGAUGUGGGGUCAGCACAUUGAGCUUUCUGUGUGUUCUAAACUGAUGGGCUCACUUGGGUUCACAAAAGGGGUGCCAAAUGCUGUCAAGUCUGCUAUGUUUUGUUGCAUGGUUGUGCUGGUUUGAAAGUAAACGUGUUAUAAAUGGGUAAUGUGAUGAUUUGCUCUCACAAUUAAGAGAUGAAUAUGUUAAAAGAAGUUUUGUUGAUGUAUGGUUAUGUUACUGUAGUUUGUUGUUUGGACACUCUCUGUUCUCCCCAUAGUCCCCUUUUCCCCCCUUGUAUUGUUGCCACUGGACAGCAUUGGUUGUCAGGGACAUGUGGAGGGGAGGCACGUACGUGCACCCCUUGCAUGGGGCAGUUGGGAAUAGGGAAGACUUGUUCUUAGGGAGACGUGGCAUGACAACAGCUGACUUCCAAUCAAGUUGCAAGAAAGUAGUCUCCAGCAAGGGAUGGCGAAGAAGAGUGACAGACUUUAGGUGGGGCCAGGGUUGGCUGAUGCAACACUAGGGGUACAAAAGGCAGAGCAGCCAUUUUGUAAAUGAGCACAUGGCAGCCAGUUAUGUGUUCCCAGUGUAAUAGAUGAUAUGUAUGAAUUCGGGCUGAGGCUACAGUAAUCUUGCCUGAUAAAAAUCCUGGUGUAAUAUAUAUUAAAUAAUUCGUGCUUGUCAAAUAAAGAUUCCAAAAGUUGUAAAAGCAACAGCAGGAGAAAAGGACUGAUUUGCAAUUGUGAAAUCAUGGGCAGCAGCAAAAGAAGGACCUGAUUUGCAAUAGAAAAGUGACUUCGAACAGAGAUGGGCCUUUACCAGGGACAGUACCCGAUAUGCAUCUAUGAUAAGGACAAUCUGCAUCGUCAAGGACAUGCAUCUCAACACCCAGUUACCGGAAACCGAGAUAAGCAUUCAUCUCUUCCCAGAAACUGUUUUGUCAAGCCAACAGCAAAGAAAAGAAUCUGCAUGAAUAUGCGAAGCAAGCAAGGUUGACAGAAAGAAUGGAAAAAACUCUGCCUUAGUCGGAAAAACUGUAUAAAACUGGCUUGGCAGUGGCAGAAUUCGUGAACAGAGGAGAUUUCAGAGAGAUAGAGUCCAAAUCUGUGUUCACCCAGUGCCGAUCCCAGGCUCGACACUGUUUCUUUUGAUUGUGGCUUUCCAAGACUGAUUUUGGUCACGCAAUAAAAUCUGGUUUAAUUAUUAA